GUUAUGGACAGAACCACGCCCACCCCCCCGCGGACACAACCAAUAGGAACCACAAUCCUCUAUCACGUGAAGGCAGAGAAGACCAGGACUCUAUGCUUCUGCCGCUAUGGCGGCGGGGCGCCACCUGCCGGGCGGGCGGGAGCGCGGUGUGUCUGCUUUGGGGUGGCACACGGGAGAGUGCGGGGACACUCGCGAUGUCCCACCCAGCGUCGGGUCGCAGCAUCUUCGUGGUCGCACGGUCUCCCUCGGGAGUGAAUGAGCCCUUAUUUUAUUUAAAAGUGGGAUUGGAAGAAAUCUUUGUGACUCUUGUAUAAUGCAAAAUACUAAUGUACACUCCUGUUUACAAGGAGCUGGGAGUGGGCUAAAUCAAGGGAUUAAAAGGGCACAUUUUUCAUGCUCCCGAGUGACUUGGGAGCAUUAAAAUGGUUAAAUAGUCGAGAGUGACUCAACGUCCCGGGGCACUCCCUCAGCAUUACAGCAUCAGAGCCAAGAUCUGGCCCAAAUUUCCUGGCUGCCAGGUAGAAACUUCACUCCCAGACUGGCCUUUCAUGGUUUUGUCAGGCGAUUACUUCUCCCUAUAUGAUUUCUCACCACAAUUAAACAAGAAAUGCAAAAGCUGCCUGGGAGAAGCGCCGUGGCUGCCUGGGAGGCUGGAGGAGCAGGACAGGUCCCUGGGUGCAGUAUGUGGGUCCCACAGGACACCCCGUGCCAUAUUGCAUAUCCCUUUGGCCAUCCCCUUUUUGUCCAGAAAACGGAAGAUUUUCACCUGUCAGUUCAGGACUGGAGGGUUGUUUUUCGCUGUUUCAGUUGCCUUUUCAAGCCGCAGAAGCCAAGCAUGUUUCCAUCAGUGACUUAUUGCCUGCUCUGCUGAUCAAAGGGACAAAACCAUCUUGGAUUCAUUUGCCGGGACGGUGUUUUAACCAGGAGGGUUUAAAGCUGUACAAGACAUGCGGUCUGUGGGGAAGGUGAUAUCUCUUAUUAAAUCAGCAGACAGGACCGAAUGCGGGGCUGAGCUUGGGGGUUUUGUGCCUGAAACCCUGUCUGUGCUCCUUAUUUUUUCCAGCUGUGCUGGAGGAAUCUAAUAGAGGUCCUGCUGUCCCUCCAGCCUCUCACUGAUCUGGUUGCCCGCUGCUUUGCCAGGGGCUGAUUUUUGCCAUUUGGGCCAAACGUGUCUGCUCUGUGUGUGGCAGGGUUGCGGGUAUCAGCUCUGUCUGGGAUUCCCCUCAUCGCCCCUGGAGGAAAAGCGCUGAGGAUGGGGGAAGGUGAACAAAGGGCCCAAAUCAGUCCCUGACACAGCAGCGCUGGGUUAUACCCUUGCCAAAGCAAUCAAAAGGGUCUGUUAUAGAGAAGCUACAGUCCUGGAUCCCCGUUGGGAUGGUGGAAAACAUUUAUUUUCUUUCCAGCAGCACCAGACCAGAGCUAGGGAAGAGAAUGCAGGGCAGAUGGGAGGCCAAGUCAUUCAGCGGCGGAACCUCACUCCAUCCUGUGGAGGAUUGCAGUUUCGGCUUGGGGUCUCAGCACAGAGAGGUGACAUGUCCUGAUGGACCCUGGGCAUGCUCUUAUACAGCUUGUAGGGUUCGCAAGCCCACAGCUCUGACUCCCAAACCUGGCUGACUUUCACAAAGACUUUCAUUCCCUCCAGUGAUGUUGCCGAUGCAGGAAAUAUGGUACUGCAGAGCACACAAGCACUAAAAGCUGCAUUUUGUUUCCCAAAGUGUGAUUGGCAGGUUGGGCAGUUGCUUUACACUUUUUUGCAGAUUAGAGAUAAUUUGUCCCUAAGAAAGCUUAGUAAAUGGUUGGAUCAAGCCCUGAAUAUAUUGCAUUAGCCCGACUGGGAACCUCUAUUGCAAUCAAGAUCUCUGCCUUGACCCUGGCCCUGUCCGUUCCUGGGAGUGGACGUUCCCUGGGGAACAGGGAUGCUGGGUGCCAUGGUGACAGCUGCCACGGCAAGGGCUGCCACCAUCCCUGCAGCCCUUGGGGACCAGAGGUCUCAGUGUGGGGCUGCAGGGGCUCCUCAGGGACAUGGGCAGCCAGGGGAAAGCACCAGCCUCUGGCUGGGCCAGAGCAGAGAUGGCCUCCAGGCUUAAUCAGCUGCCCCAUUUCCAGUUCAAGGAGAUAAUGAAGAGCCGCAAACGCUGGCAGGAAAGGCUGGGCCCAGGAAGGUACAACAUCAGGGACUUUCUGCAGGAGACACGUCCCUGCAGCCUCCGGGGAAUUUGUGACACGAGGGAGCGGCGAUUCAGGGACAGCCACAGGGACUGUGUCCCUGGCCCCGGCACGUAUGGCCCCGGUGGGAACCCCUACACCCGCCUCGAGGAGAGGGACAAGCGCUCGGCCGGCACACGAGGGUUGAUGGACAGUGGGACAGCGAAGUGUGUCCUGCCAGCAGCCAUGGGCAGCGGCCUGGGACCUGGCACCUACCACCUGAAGAGCAGCAUUGAUGUGGGGCUGCAGCGGGUGCACAGCCCCGGCCAGACCUUCUCAGGGGACAGGAGAAAGCCCGCUGGUGGGGGACAUCAUUCCUUGGAGAGACGCACCAAGCCGAGCACCAGCACUGUCAGGAGUUUCUUGGACGAGCUGAUGUUGAGCGAGAACAAGAAGAAAGGGUGUUUCAGCACCAUGCCGAGGAACCCGGGCUGCCCCACGGAGAGGAUCUUCUGGGCUACGCUCAGCCAGUGCCCAAAGGAGACGUAUGCAGUGGGGCCGGGCACAUAUAACCCAAAGCCCGUUGAGGGAUUGGUGUACUCCAACCAACCUCCAUUCUGGACGUCUGCCAAGAGGUUUGACAGAAAGUCCUACCGCCUCUUUACUGGGAACGAGAACCGUGUGGGUGUUGGUCGCUACGACAUCACCAAGCAUGAAAAAUAUCCUCAGAAUGUGAGAUACCAGUCCCUGUACCGGUAUGAUGUACAGAGGUACCUGAGCAACUUGAAGCGUGAUGCCUACUUGCUUGAGCGGCUCAAGCCUGUUGCUAAAACCAACUGGAGUGAUUUGAUUUCUGCUCCACGAUGUCCAGAUACCUCUGAAGAACUCACUACUGUUUUCCAAACAUAAGAUGUUGCGGGGAAGCUCAAAUCAGUGAGUAAAUGCCACACACCAGCAGAUGAGAUGGGGUAGAUGAAAAUACUCACAGCGUGCUGCCAUGCAACUCAAGGGAUGGGAAACAACUCAAGUGUUGUCCUGUGGCAAUAAAACACUUUUAGACAACCAGCAGGCUAACUUUUCUGUUGAGGAAUUAAUUAUUUCCACCUUGGCCUUCACAAGAAGAUAAUUAAGUUAAACCUUGGUUAACUGCCUAUGUACCUGUCCUGUGCCAUCUUUAGCUGGGUGCAAGGGUCUGAAUCGCAUCCUGUUAACACAACAGCUUCACUUGCAUCAACAGUGCCCAUGUUUAUAAGCAGCUGGAGGGAAUUAGGAAUAGUUUAAUGUCAUUGUUCCUGGUUUUGUAGGAUAUUAAAACCUAGAGGCAAUGGGGAAAGUGGAAUGAAGGGAGAGUUGUGUCAGUGCUAACAAGGGAUGGCUCUAAAAAUGUACUGGAAAUACACUGGUUCACUUGGAAUUAACCUUUGUGAAGUCUCCUACUAGUGUUUAGACCAGACCAGAAUAAUUAAAUCUAAGUGUAAUUACAUGUUAAUUGUGGCUGAUUAAGUAUGCUAACUAAUCUGCAAUUAUCCUUCGGUGGGGGAGAUAAUUGAACACAGGUAGAACUGCAGAAAUUCAGAUAAAUCUUGUUGUUUGUCCUAGAGAGGCAAAGGAGGAAGAUCUCUGAAACACCUGAGCAGUGAUGUGGGUGAGUGCUGAGGUAACAAGAGAGGCUUGCGAAAUGCAGCGUCAGCCUAGGCCAGCACAGAAUGCUAUUAAAGGAACGCGGGGCUCUGAAUGAGUCUGCAGAGCUGCUGUGAAGGUGUUCUUCAAGGAAACAGAUGUGGAUUCAAAACUCCUCAGGCUAAAGAGUGCACUGAAUCUUCAUCCUUGCUUCUGUGGCUGAUCAUUCAAACCAGGGAUUAGAUUAGUGUGAAGUGAGAAGAAUGAAGUAGCUCUCGUGUUAACUGCUGUAGUACCUGAAUCCAAAAUGGGGUUUUGUCCUCCUUGGAUGGAAUGUCACAAGGAAAGAUGGAGGUGAGGAGGGGAAAAAAAAAUAAUCAGGAUAAUUGGCAUAAUGAGGUUCUGUGUAGUUAGUGGGGUGUAAGGGAAGGGUUAAGGCUCAGCUAGAAGGUGUUUCCUUUGUAGGGGUGUGACUUGAGGUAGAGAUAAGAGCAGACUUCAAUGACAUUCCUUCAAAGCUGUUUGCAGCACCACCUCUAUACUGGGCUCCUCAUGUCCCCCAACCACCUUGAAUGCCUCUGGUCUCUUUCAGUAAUUGCUGACCAUUUGUAAUGAUAUAAUGAGCAGGAAAAAUUAUAAACACAAGUAAGUAAUCAUUCAUUAAGAGACACAGCUUUGAACAGUAGGCUGGCUAGGUCUUUAUUUUAAACAGCCUAUACAACCAAAAAUUAAGAGCAACAGCAAUUACGCAUGUGCACAUGUGUGACUGGUACAGUUACAGUACCCAAUCACCUCAUACAAAGUUUGCCAAUAAAUUAAGGAGUGAAAAAAACCAAAUACAGUGCAUACCUAAAGAUCCUCAGUACAUAAGUGAGAGAAACACAUCUUAAGUGAAAGUGUUUGCAUAUCCUCUAGCUGUUUUAACAUCGCUCUUUAAAAGCGGACCAAACCCAUUCUCGCUCUGCGCACAUUAUUUUACAAGCGCUGGACGAAAUUGCAGCUUUGCCUCCAGGACAAGCAAAUGUCUGGUGUGUCCAGGAAGGCAAAUGACACCCUGAGAACCAGCCGUUGCCUUCCUGCAUACCCUGAGGCCUGGAACGGAUCAGCAGAUGCUCCUGGAUCACUGACGCAGCUCCUGCUCGGCUCUGUGGUUCCUCUGCACUGGCUGCGUCUCCCCCCACUACCCGUCCCCUACGUGGGAUCUUAAUGGGUACCUUAUCUGCACACAAUUUGCCCAGCGUGCAUCACUAACAGGCUGAACUUGUUACUGCUUUAUCAUUGGUUUCAUCUGGAUCAUAAACAUCCAUCUAUCAAUAAAUAAAAUCA